AUUCCCUGGAUUCCCUUCUGAUGUCAUUGGACCAUGCUCCAGUGCAUGCAGAACAGAUUCCUGCCCUCUUUUACCUGGGAGAGUCAGUCUUGUACUGGGUCUGUACUGAUAUGUCUCAGAAGCCCAAUUUGUACACCUGCGAAGUGAAGAUACUCAAGGUAGAGUGGGCAGAUCUAGGUUUCUUUUAAGUACGUGUCACUGUGGGAAAACAUAUAUCCUAUGUAACAAGUUUACAGAAUAGCCAUACUCCUAAAAUAGGGCAAGAACUUGAAUUGUAUUAUAUUUAGUUCACCUGUGCAACUUUGUUGUGCUCUUUUAGCUGGGAUAUUUGGUCUUCUUGAGACUAUUUCUCUUUCACAUCUCUGGAAACCUGAGUGGAUACCAAAGAAGCAAAUCCCAUCUUCACGUUUUUUUGAAAGGUAGAGUAUUAGAUGGAUAAAUAGUGAUUCAUUCUACUUUUACAUUCACUGUAAUAGUGUCAUUAUUGUGUGUGUGCCCAUGUACGUUCAACUAAUUGAUGUAAACUGUGUUGUUGAAAAACAAUGGCUAAAAUGGCUGAAAACUGUUGUUUCCCUUUUAGCUCUGUCUCAGUGUGAGUCAUGCUACCAACCGUAUCCAAACAUCUUGCUCUCAGUGCACUUCAUGUUACGUUCAGGGGAGAUCAUUUGUGGACUGGGACCUUUUCAAGAUGAUUCAGCAUCAGUAAGAGUUCCAUGCAAAUUC